GGGGGUGGCACCGUCCCGGCGCUGCUCCCUGGGGGGACCCCAAUCCUCGCCGGCUCGGGGCAGACGCGUCCUCUCCGGGGACGAGAGGCCCUGCGCGGGGAAGGAGCCGCCAAAAGCUGCGUCCGUCUCGUGCAGGAUCCCUGUCCCGUGGCUCCGGUGCCCCCGCGCCCUUCAGCAUGGAGGACCGGAGGAAAAAGCGGAGCCCCAAGGCCUGCCUGGCCCAGCCGACGCCUGCCGGGGCCCCACGGCCGCUGCCCCCCAGCAAGAGCACGUCCUUCGUGCUGCCGCUGCCCACCCUGCCCUCGCCCAGGCAGCGCGCCCGGCUCAGGCGGACGAGCAAGGAGCGGGCGCGGGCGGGCGGCGCGGGGGCGGCGCGGGGGGCCCCGCUGCAGCACAGCUUCCUCACCGACGUCUCCGACGUCUGCGAGAUGGAGGGGGGGCUGCUCAGCCUCCUCAGCGAUUUCCACUCGGGAAAGCUGCAGGCCUUCGGGAAGGAGUGCUCCUUCGAGCAGCUGGAGCACGUGCGGGAGAUGCAGGAGAAGCUGGCGCGGCUCCACUUCGGCCUCGACGUCUGCGUGGAGGAGCUCCCCGAGGAGCAGAAGAAGGCGGCGGCCGACAGGAACCUGGACCAGCUGCUGGCACACCUGGAGGAGCUCAGCAGCUCCAUACAGAAGCUGCACCUGGCAGAGAGCCCCGACCCCGAGGACUCGGCGGCUUGACCCUACGCCCGGCCCGGCUAGGAGGGGCGGCCGCCACCGGGAGACCCCACGGGAGCCCCACAACGGGGCCACCCCCCGCCCCAUGGAAGGGCCGAUGGAGGCGACACCGGUCACGCAGCGCGGGGACAGCGGGGCCGGUCGGGCCCUGCGAGGCCAACGCACCUUCCCCCCCCCCCUCCAUCCAACUCCAGCCCCCGCCGCCAUUUCGGUGGGACCCACGGGGGGGGGGGAUGACGCCAUCAGCCGGCGCCCGGUUGUCGGGGCGGCCAUGGCGGCGGCGCUGGGGCCGCAGGCGGAGGCGGAGGGAUGGCGGCGGCUGCUCCGCGCCGUGACCCGCCUGCAGGCCUGCGUCAGGGGUUACCUGCUGCGGAAGCGGUUUCGGAGCCUGCGGGAAGAGUACGAGGAGGUGGUGCGGGAGAUCGAAGGAGACCUGAGCCGGCUGGAGUGGAGGGGACGGUUCCUGCCGCGGCCCCUGUUUGUCCCCGAGGUCCGUGCGUCAGGACGAGCGGGGGGUUCUGCAGCCCCCUCUGAGGGGGGGAGCAGCACGAAGCCAGCACAAGGGAAGCGUUCAGGUCCGUUGGAGGCUGUACCGAGUGACGAGGCCAGCGCAGAAAAACCCCAGGAGGAGGUGGACGCCUCUGAACCAGAACGGGACUGGGACUGCAGCAGUGUGAAACCUACAGCUCAGCUGGAAAGCCAGAAAGAACUGAGCUCCACGGGUGAAGGCGAUGCAGCAACCCCCCCAAAUCCUGGGGCUGAUGCCGAUAAAUGUACUGAAAAGGAGUGUGCUGCCCCAGCAGAGAGCGAGGACUGGCAGAAUGACAGCAACGUAUCCUCUGUGUGGGACAGCGCUGUCCUGGAGGCAGAGUCCUUCGAAAGCUGCCUGGAAAUUCCACUCGAGGACAUAAAGGACCUUCCUCGAACUAGGUCUGGUCUCCAGUCCUACAGAAAUCACUUGAUCAUGGAGUUGCUGUGGUUGCAACAAGCUAUUGUCAGCCGUAAAAACUACUUGAUGCUGAAACAGAGGCUGGGGACUCCUGACCCGUAGGAGGGCAUUCCCAAGCACGAGGGGCACUUGUAUUGGUGUGGAGAAGCAGUGGAGCUGCGGCACUGCUGUCGUGAUGUGACUUCACGGACAGCAGCAGCUUAGGGGAACUCCAGCUCUGUGGGUUGAUGUUUUCCACUUCAGAUGAAUGUGGCAAGAAAGCCUUUUAUUUCUUUUAAAUGUGAAUAUUUGGUCAAAACAGGGAUUAAACACCACUGUGAAGCCAGGGAGGUGGUUGUGUGCCCUGGAGGGCGUCCCAGUGAGGGUUUCUUCCCCAGGAACCCUAUUUCUGUUGGGUGAGCUGGGCCGUCCUAGGGGAGAAUCGAGGCUAGGAAGACUGUCACUUACAGAAGGCGCUUUCUGACCAGCUGAUUGCAUGUGGUGGAACUAAAAUGCCUGAAGGCAGCAGGUGCUUUGAACCUGCAGGAACAAGCUCUUCUCCACCGAACUGUGUGUGACCCAUACCGGUAUCUGAGCUGUGUAUUUGGAAUGGCUCUGCACGUCACAGCUCUGCAAUAUGUGGGAUCUCCAGGCGGUCCUGGUAGGCUUCAGGGAACACCUAGCUGAAGUGCUAAGUUAGGAGGAGAGUUUCCUAACUUUCCUGUGCAGUUGGUGGGGAGUGAUGGGACAUCACACCCAACCUUCGGGAGAUGAGGCUUCGUUCCUGACUUGCACAUCUCUGGCCAUGGUGAUAUCUGUCUGUGUGGCAGUCACCUGGACUGGUGCUUGAGGGAGCAAGUAAGGCCUUAACGGGGUUUGGCGCUUUGUCUAUACAUUGCUCUAGUUCAGGGGCAUUCGAGGUCUCUCAGAAAGGGACUGGUGCUGUGGUUCCCUACUGGGACCCCGAGUCUUCUGUGCAAACACUCUGCGUUCCUGCUGACUGAAGGGUCACUCUUGCCAUACGGCAGAUGUAUCUUUCUGUUCCUGAUGAAGCUGACUUGUUUGUGAAUAAAAGCUUUCCUGA